GGAGCUGCCGCCGCCGCCGCCGCCAUGGUGCUGCUGGCGGCCGCCGUGUGCACGAAGGCGGGCAAGGCCAUCGUGUCGCGCCAGUUCGUGGAGAUGACGCGCACCCGCAUCGAGGGGCUGCUGGCCGCCUUCCCCAAGCUCAUGAACACGGGCAAGCAGCACACCUUCGUGGAGACGGAGAGCGUCCGCUACGUCUACCAGCCCAUGGAGAAGCUCUACAUGGUGCUCAUCACCACCAAGAACAGCAACAUCCUGGAGGACCUGGAGACGCUGCGCCUCUUCUCCCGGGUGAUCCCUGAAUAUUGCAGAGCGUUGGAAGAGAAUGAGAUUUCUGACCACUGCUUUGAUCUGAUCUUUGCCUUCGACGAGAUCGUUGCCCUUGGGUACCGGGAGAAUGUCAACCUGGCCCAGAUCCGCACCUUCACAGAGAUGGACUCGCAUGAGGAGAAGGUCUUCAGAGCUGUCCGUGAGACGCAAGAACGUGAGGCUAAGGCUGAAAUGCGUCGGAAAGCUAAGGAGCUGCAGCAAGCACGGAGGGACGCUGAGCGACGAGGCACAAAAGCACCCGGGUUUGGUGGCUUUGGAAGCUCAGCUGUGUCAGGAAGCACCACGGCUGCCAUGAUCACUGAGACCAUCAUUGAGACAGAGAAGCCAAAAGUGACUCCAGCACCAACCAGGCCGUCUGGAUCGAACAAGGCACUCAAGCUGGGCGCCAAAGGGAAAGAAGUCGAUAACUUUGUGGACAAGUUGAAAUCUGAAGGAGAAAAUAUAACCUCUUCAGCAGGCAAACGGUCCUCUGAAGCAGCCACAGUGUUUACUCCGCCUAUAAACAUGGAGAGUGUGCACAUGAAAAUUGAGGAGAAGAUCUCGCUGACCUGUGGCCGUGAUGGGGGGCUGCAAAACAUGGAGCUGCAUGGAAUGAUCAUGCUGCGGAUCCAGGAUGAAAAGUUUGCCCGGAUUCGGAUCCAUGUUGAGAACGAGGACAAGAAGGGUGUGCAGCUGCAGACUCACCCCAACGUUGACAAGAAGCUCUUUACAACAGAGUCCUUGAUUGGCUUGAAGAACCCUGAAAAGUCUUUCCCCAUAAAUAGCGACGUGGGGGUAUUAAAGUGGCGGUUGCAGACCACAGAAGAGUCUUUUAUCCCACUGACAAUUAACUGCUGGCCAUCGGAGAGCGGCAGCGGCUGCGAUGUCAACAUUGAGUAUGAGCUGCAGGAGGACAGCCUGGAGCUGAACGACGUGGUGAUCACUAUUCCCUUGCCGUCUGGUGUGGGCACUCCAGUGAUUGGCGAAAUUGAUGGGGAGUACCGUCACGAUAGCCGAAGGAGCAUCCUCGAGUGGUGCCUGCCUGUGAUCGAUGCCAAAAACAAGAGCGGCAGCCUGGAGUUCAGCAUCACCGGGCAGCCCAAUGACUUCUUCCCUGUGCACGUCUCCUUCCUUUCCAAGAAGAACUACUGCAACAUCCAGGUUAUCAAAGUGACCCAGGUAGAUGGGAACAGCCCUGUAAGAUUCUCCACAGAGACCACCUUCCUCGUGGACAAGUAUGAGAUCCUGUAGCCCUCGCUGCAAAGAAUCAGCCUGGAAGACUUUGAGGCCAUGGGUUCUGGGACCG